UCGUGCAAUGCAUGGUAGAAGCAUGGACAGCUCACGGACAUGUCUUAGAAUUGCGGGUGUGACCAGCACACGUCGGUCUUGUAGCGGUCAGUAUGAAAUUAAUUGGCGUUUUCAUCCGGUCAUGAUUUAUUUAUAUCCUUGAGGUUGCAUCAGGAUUUAAAAAAAUGCUGGGAAACUUGUGGCCCCAAACCAUUGCGCUCUCAGCUAAGAAGAAUUACAUUCCCACAAAGUGGCCACUUUGGAUCCCAGAGUCUAUGCCAAAAUUCCAUAUCUGGCUUACUACCUUUCAAGUUCAGAACUACUACAAUAACAUGAAGCAGUCAAGAAAAUAAAGAGUGCAGACGAGCAACAAAUGCAUCCCAUGAUCCUUGGAUGUUUAAGAACUCUCAAGGAACGAAGACUAUUUUCGAGGCGCAGUCAAACUCUCAAGCAAUCCAAGUUUUUGGAUCUGGAACUGAAACUCAAGGGCUUCUAUUCACCGGUUUACUUUGGAUCAAAGUCCAAGUCCCUUUCGUGAGAUGUCGAUGCUGGACCACAAAGAAACUGAAAUUACGGGUGACAGAAGACAUCAGUAGCACCACAAUAUUGUUGAAGGAGCUUGAAUGAUUUUGUCACCUACUGUAUGAACCGGGAGAUUCCAGAGAGCGAGAAGUGCAGGACCAGUAUCAUCAACUAGCACUCCAUCUGCGAGACCCUUCAUUCAGCUUUUUUGACAUGAACUACGCUUCCAUAUUCGAAGAACAUGCGGCUCAUACUCCAGCAGCCAUGCCAACAAUGCGAACACCAGGAACAUACUUAAGGACUGAUUCCGUUGUAGUGCCUGGAGGACAGAUAGCUCACUUUAAAGAUAUCAUGGAGCAUUCUUCAGUCCGGACAACUGAGUUCACACCAAUACAGGGUACGAUGGUCAGAAUAUCGUCACAGGAGUCGUCGCUUCCGCCAUCGGCACAGCUUACUAGGCUUCAGAAUUCUCAGGGAGAAGCUGUGAGGGAGAAUAGUUUUCCUCCCUUGGGGGCGAUGAACGCUCUCAUGAAAACUGCAUCAGACAACUCAUACGAGGGCAUGACUCAUGCACAGGAGAUACUCUGCAGGCCGAAGCCUGUUUUAUCAGGCCCAUCCUUCGCUAAGGUGGGAAGUCGUUGGAGACUAAAUUCUUCUCCCAUUCCAGUCUCUCCGAGCCCUUCUGACUUGGCCUCGAGCUUGAACAUGGACAACACUAAAAUAGAUAUUCCGCCAAAAAAGAGGACUGCGUCGAGACGGUCAAAAUUUGACCCUCCAUACGUCUACAAGUGCGUCAAAGGGAAACUUAGACGCGAGGAAACGGCCGAAAACUAUAAAAUUUUGAAAUCCCUGAUUCCGCGACCCAUCAAAGCAGAUCGAGCGUCCAUUUUGGAGGAGACCAUAGCUCACGUGAAGAAUUUGGGAGAUCAGAAAGCAAGUCUCGAGAAAAUAAAGCACGAAAAAUUGAAGGAACUGUGUCAGCAGAGAGCGGAAAAGGGACAGUGUCAGGAAUGGGAGAUGAGUGGAGAGGCGAACUGUCUAUGGAUGAAGAGAACUUCUCGUGGAGGGACACAAGUGGAUAUCCGCAUAGUUCAGAACGAGAUCAGCGUCAGCGUAGUUCAGAAGCAUCUGCCGAGGUUUCUCCUGCGCAUGGUGACGGCUCUAGAAUCAAAGCUCAAACUUGAAAUUCUCAACGUCACAGGUCAUGUCAUUGACGAUUUUGACGUUUACAACUUCAGAGUUGAGAUCAAAGGCAGUUCAUGCCCUCAAGCAAAUGAGAUUAUGGCAAAUAUCAUGGAGACCUUGGAUUCAGUGUUUCUGAACCACGGCUGAUUUUCACCAGAAUUAUGCGGUUGUCAUAAUCUUAUCAGUCAGAAGCUAUCAGCUGAAAUGGAACUGCAGCUGAUAUUCCAUUGCAGCAAACCUUAAUAUGGACUCGGAUAGGUCACAAGAUCUUUGGCAUUUUCAUAUAACUAGAGUUUGAAAUGUUUUCAUGAAACAUGUACGUAGUAAUAUGUUGAGAAUUGGACAGAAAACCACAAGAAAACAUAUAUUGAUAGCUUGACAGG